UUGAAAGUUACAGAAUGAAUUCCUGCCUAUGCAGACUUGUUAUAUUUAUGUAUUUCAUUGCACUCAGCUUGCAAAAAACAUCAGUCACAACAUUAGGCACACCAUCCGUCAAAAAGGCGGUUUCUCCAAAAGAAACUUCUUUUACAAUAGCAACCAAAGCCCCAAGAAAUAAACCUCAAUCCUUAAACGGAGCUGCAGGUUCAUACCCCGCUGGAGGUUCACUGUGCCAGCCCCAUGAAUUGCUGUCCGAAAAUGGCUGCAUCGAACGGGAUGUUUUCCCGAAUCGAGUGAUUACGCGAUCCAGGAAGAAUGAAGGAUUUGACAAAGGAAUGGAGCCAAUCGGUGUAAUGGACGUCAGCAACUGUAAGGCCGAAGAAGUGAAGACUCCCUUCGGUUGUGAGAAAGCCAUGUCUCAGAAAACGCGGAAUGAGCUUAGGGUUCCAGUGCAACACAGCACCCUAAAAGUGGAGCACGUUAUGGACCUUAAUUACAGAAGAGGAUUUGUUCAUAGUGAUGCAGAAGGAAAACAAAAGGUCUAUAAGCCGAAAGCCACCUCCAAAGAUCCCCCAAUCAAUGCUCACAAUCGACCCCGAAAAGACUACAUUCAGCCGGGCAGGAGACUCAGGACCGGACGCCAUUGCCGACCUUACGAAGUCCUUUCAAGGGGAGGAAAAUGUGUUCGCAAGAAGGGUAAAAAGGGAGUGUACGAGCACAAGAAUCACGUGUACGGACUUCAGCCUAGGCACCGACAUCCAAGUUCUAAACGAAAGCCAAAGCAGGAUUACAAUACAAAUAUACCUAAACUGAACUAAAAGCAAUUGGUGUUUCCUAAAACGUAAAAGGUAUAUUUAGAGGUAUUAUGUUAAAUCUUUCUGGAGAUAAACUUAAGAAUGCGACUUAAGAUUUUCAUAAUAGUUAAAAUUACUUAUAAUUGCCAGGCCAAGACAAGAUUACUGCGGGCUUAGAAUUUUCUGUGAACAACACUUUACACAUAAUUAUAGCCUGUUUUAUAGCUCGUGUCCGUGUCCUGUAAAGUCCUUGACAAAUUUAAAACAAUUUAAUAUUGUGCAGUGUUGGUCGUUUUAGUUUAUGACAGCAAAAGCAACCGCCUUCUUGGCUCCCAUUGAGGACAAAUUAGUUGCUCGCUGUAAGUCCGAGCCAUUGACAAAGGAUUAAUCAAAACAGAUAGACUCGAGGGAUGUGUGUCCUUUAAGGGCCACAGUCUCCAUUAUGCUAAAAAACAUUGUUGGGGAUUAUUAUGAAUAUAAAAGCAUAAUUAAACGGGAUUUUCGCCUUUGGGUUGGCAUUUCUCUAAAGCGGUACAACACACUUUGAAAUUGCUUCAGUAUGGCAUUAUGGAUGGCUUUGACAUGCUAAU